UUGGAUCGCAAAACGGCGCUUGCAUAGAAACCGAGUCCGCUAUGAAGAGAGGCGUUGGCGCCUUGGUUUGGCUGGGCCUGGCGACCUGCUUCGUGGGCCGACCUUUGCUUCGGCCGUCCAACAGGGCACUGCUUCGAGCAGAGGAUGAGGAGGCGACCGUCUCGGCCAUAGCCCCAGCCGUUGACUGGCUGCCGUCUUUGGAUCCUAAGAUGGAGGAGAUGGAAGCCAGCGAGGGCUCUAUGGUACUGCCAGUGUUCCCUUUAGGGGGGCCCUUCAUGCCCUAUUCCAAGCAGAAGCUGAACAUUUUUGAGCCCCGCUACAGGGCCCUCUACGACCAUAUCCUCCUCUCCGGGUCCCGCCGCUUUGUCGUCACCUCUGCUGAUCCUUUCUCAGAGGCGGAGGUGCGAUUUGCGGAGGUGGGCGUCAUCUUUUACCUGGACGACUUGCAAGAAGUUUCGGAAAUGACCCAAGACCAGAUCAAGUACGUUUGUGAUCACACAGUGAUCGGCCGCGUUCGCAUCAAGCGGGUCCUGAAUCCUGCAAAGUGGUUCGACAGGACCACCUUCUUGCAAGCUGAGGUGGAGGAAUUUGAGGACCAAGACACCGAGGACUGCUGGAAAUUGGAGGGCCAAGUCAUGGACAAGCUGAGGGGCUUGAUUCCUCUCUACCAAGAAUUGCGGCAGCCGCGCUAUGAUCCGGCCACCCUGGAGCAGAUGAACGCCAGUAAGGAGGAGAAGGGCUUGUGGAGUUUGGUGGACCUUUGGGUGCAGCUGUUGCAAGCCCAGCUGCAGAUGCUGCAGCAGGAGGUGGACAAGAAGAUGAAAGUGAUCCUGGAGCCCUUCUUCAAGGCGGAAGGGGGCAUCAAGAGCAUCAAUGACCUCCCCGACAACGUGCGCGCCCAGCUGGGGAACCUGCAGCAGGAGUUCCAGGAGUCCGCCAAGGCCAAGGUGCUCUGGCAGUUUGAGUUCGCGCAGCGGAUGAUGCAGUCAGAUAGUCACAGACAGCGCUUGGAGCUGUUCAUUGACACCUUGGACGAGGAGGAACGGAAGGUCAUUGCAUUGAAAUCCUUGAAGUCUCUUGGAAGUGGUGACUGAGCAACUGGUCCACGGGCCCGCUUCGCCAUUGUUUGGAUUUGCAUGUUUUGGAAGAUCAAAUGAAAGCCAAGCAAGUCUGGGUGAAGUGGGCAAGAAUAUUUGUCUUAGGCUGUGUUUUGCCGACUUGCUGUGAGUCAGCAGAAAGUCACAUUCUGAGUUUUCCACCGGCUCACUACGCAGUGCGAUCUCCUUGUUUUCCUUCCAUGUUUUCGGAUCGCUGUGACCAAUUGGGCGGGGCAAAAGCAACGGGCGAACAGAUGGGAC